UCCAUAGAAACCAUGUUCACAAUCUCAAACAAAAAAGCACAACACGCUUGAAAACUGUGUAGCUAUAGCAUACGUUUUAAACCCCGUUGCCGGCGUUAAAAGACACAGCCAACCCAUAGUCACUGCUGUGGGCUGAAUGCUUGGCUGAAGCUGAAAGGGAUCCUCUCUGAGGCCGAGAUUGUGACAAGCCAACAUGGUACAUCUGACCGUAGAUCUGAUUGCUAAGUCUAGAAAGCACUUCAAAAAGAAAAGGGGCCUCUCCUUCCCAGAGUACCUCAAGACACUCACCCACCUCCACUUUUCUAACAAGAAUAUUGAAGAUAUUGGAGAUCUUUCAAUGUGUACAAACCUCACCGUUCUUUACCUGUAUGAUAAUAACAUCACUUACAUUGGCAACCUCAGCUUUGCCUCCAACCUCACGCAUCUCUAUAUGCAGAACAACAGCAUAACCCAUAUAGAUAAUCUGCACAAUCUGCAGAACCUCUCUAAACUGUAUCUCGGGGGGAACAGAAUUGCUGUGGUGGAGGGCUUAGAGCAGCUCCAUCAGCUCAAAGAGCUUCAUGUGGAGAAUCAAAGACUGACACCGGGGGAAAAGUUGCUCUUUGACCCCAGGACUCUCGACUCCCUUGCUGAAUCUCUGUGUGUCCUGAAUAUUAAUAACAACAACAUCGAUGAUAUCAGAGACCUGGCGGUGCUGAAGGAGCUCCAGCAUUUUUCUGCUGCAGACAAUAAGCUGUGCAGUAUUGAGGAGCUAGAAGAUGUGUUCAGCCACUGGCCUCAGCUGUUUCUAAUGGAUUUGAGUGGAAAUCCUGUGUGUAAAAAAACAAAAUACAGAGACCGCCUGAUAACCGUGUGCACAAGCCUCGAGGCUCUUGAUGGAAGGGAGAUUAAUGACUUAACCAGAGAGUUCCUUAUUAACUGGAAAGCAUUCAGGGAGGCCAAGAAGAAAAAAUAAUAAUAAGCAUGAUGUCUGGAGCACUCAUCCCUUAUUCUCUAACAAAUGAAUUUAACAUGGGUCAGGAUCUGCAGCCUGGUCACAGCCACGCUAACAUGCAGAGGUGGAAGCCACAGCAGUCUCUCAGGUCCAGUAUCACAGUUUAAAAAAGCCUACAUUCGGCACAUCUAUGUCAUGACUUACUAAAUUAUUUAACUGCAGACUGAAUCCAAAUCAUAAGUAAUAACUGCUGAUGGUAGGCUGACCCCAAUUCUUAAAGUCCCCCCCGCCUCCAAAAAAAGUGAACAUUGCUAGAGAAAUUCAUAUUUUAUUGUAAGAGUCAGUUAGUUUUCCUUCAUUCUCCUUCCUAUCUUUUUUUCUUAAAAACCUGAAAGGAACCAACAGUUUUACUGAUUUUACAUAAGAUUAAAGACAUUUCAGUUUAGCCAUAAAAUGAUUAUAGCUAAUAUUUAUUUGUCAGCAUUUGAUUUUUUCUCUCUCUUAUC